UGAUAUUUUAACAUUUUGGUUUUCACAUCACUGCCAGAGGACAUCAGAACAGAAUUGAGGGAUUUGGAUUGACCACUGGUUUUGUGGCUGACUGGCCGCAUGAGCGAAAAAGAAAGCCAUUUCAUUCCUGGCUUUAGUUUUCUCUUCCAGGGAGAAAAACUGAAGAAAUGGUCGCAAUACAAAGUGUCUUUUAAUUAAAUGCUGCCUUACUGUCUUAUAGGGUUAAUAUGGUUUAUUAACACUGGUUAGAUAGGCAGUCUAUUUGUGGGUUCACGUUAACACCAAGAUGUGACCGACUGCUCAGGCCAAGGAGAGGGAGAAGAUGAGCUGAUGCACCAAGCAAUGAACAAGAUAAAAAUUUCAAAUACAAAUGCAUUUGGAACGAGCCACAACGUUCUGCACUAAGAUUUUACCGUGCACAGAAGCCUUUAGAAGCGAAAGGGAUCUCUUUGCGCCGCAGUCCCGCGGUGCUGGCGCCCGGCCCGGGGGAGGGUUUAGGGCUUUCUCUUCUGGCUUGCACCCGCUACGUGCGCCACGGGGUUGCCUCCGCGGCCCCUCGCCCGGGGUUCGCGUUACGCGGCUCGGGCCAGCUGUCCCAGGGGUACCCCGGCGCCCGCGCUUCCCGCACUACCGCAGUCACGUCCACGGGGCCGGGGCUCGAGUCCCAGCUGAACGCUGGUUGGUCGCGCCCUCGAGCUCGCGGCCUGGUGAUUGGUCCCAGCCGUUGGCUCACGUGGUCGGGAGCAGAUAAGCGGCCUCUCGGGCGCCGCACCCACAAUCCGCCAGAGCUGCCGCCCAGUGGGUACCGCGGGGAGCCUGGUGCGAAAUUACGCAGGUAGUGGAGUGCCGCCGCCCCUCUGCCUGAUGAGCUGCACCAGAAUGAUCCAGGUUUUAGAUCCACGGCCUUUGACAAGUUCAGUCAUGCCCGUGGAUGUGGCCAUGAGACUCUGCUUGGCUCACUCACCACCUCUGAAGAGUUUCCUGGGCCCUUAUGAUGACUUCCAACGAAGAAAUUUUGUGAACAAAUUAAAGCCUCUGAAGCCGUGUCUCAACAUGAAACAGGAAGCCAAAUCACAGAAUGAUUGGAAGCCUUCGCACAACCAAGCCAAGAAGCGGGUGGUGUUCGCUGACUCCAAGGGCCUCUCCCUCACCGCCAUUCACGUCUUCUCAGACCUCCCGGAAGAGCCAGUGUGGGAUCUCCAGUUUGACCUCUUGGACCUUAAUGAUAUCUCCUCGGGCUUAAAACGCCACGAAGAGAAGAACUUGAUUUUAGAUUUCCCUCAGCCCUCAGCUGAUUACUUAAGUUUUCGAAACCACUUCCAGAAGAACUUUGUCUGCCUGGAGAACUGCUCUUUGCAAGAGCGAAUGGUGACGGGGACUGUGAAGGUGAAAAAUGUGAGCUUUGAGAAGAAGGUUCAGAUCCGGAUCACUUUUGAUACCUGGCAGAACUACACCGACGUGGACUGCGUCUACAUGAAGAAUAUGUACGGUGGCUCAGAGAGUGACACUUUCUCGUUUGCCAUUGACCUACCCGCUGUGAUCCCAACAAAGGAGAAAAUUGAGUUCUGCAUCUCGUACCAUGCCAACGGGCAGGUCUUCUGGGACAAUAACGAGGGUCAGAAUUAUAGAAUUGUCCAUGCACAGUGGAAACCUGACGGAGUGCAGACUCAGAUGGCAUCCCAGGACUCUGCAUACCACCGGGCGCCCCCCAAGGCCGAGUUGGAGUCGCCAGUCUUUGGCAGCCCAAGGCUGGCCAGUGGGCUCUUCCCAGAGUGGCAGAGCUGGGGGAGGGUGGAGAACUUGGCCUCUUAUCGGUGAACGAAGCAAUCCAGUGACCGGUCUUGACCUUAUUCCCCAUGUACAUCUAGGUCUAUAUUGCUCAAUAUUAGGAAGUCGUUGCUACUUUCUUUCCGUAGGUUUAGGUUUGAGCUUUGGAGACCUGACUACAAAGAAGAUAGCCCCUGGAGAAUUCAGUGUGGGGUCUGGAUCGAUGCUGCUGCCCAGUUUGGCUGUGGAGGCUCCGGUGACAGCCUGGAAACCCAAUUUUUAUAAAAGUAAUACUUUGUUCCUGCCCCUUUCUCCUUCCCUCUCAAUUCACUGGCUUUCACAUUGGGCAAGGCACGGUUGAGGAAGGACAGUGGGUGGUGAUGGAAAGCUGUGUUAAUGGUACGAGGAACGUCUGAAAAGUACACACCAAGGGCUCUGUAGCUCAAGUCAGAGCAGGAGUGGGAGGUCUGAUACUUAACUGUUGGUGAGAAGACGUGCGGUUAUUUUGUGUUUCGAAGUUGGUUUUAUAGGUCUCUGCUGGGGAAAUAAUUUGGAGACGGGAGAAAAAGAUCCAUUCUAUGUAUUCUUGUGGAGAAAAACCCAAAUAAACUUUAGGGGUAUUGGGUGGUCUUUGGGAAAGGUGAAUUGUCAUGCCGGAGAAGAAAGGUUUUACGUGAAGCCUUUCUGUUCAAAUGUGACUUUUCAAAAAUCCUGAUUUGGGAAAAGCCUAAGCAAAUUUGGCUUUGCAGUCCUAAUGGGAUACGUGAUAUGUGACCUUGUUUCUGAUCAAGGUGUUGUGCUCGGGUUCUCGGCAUAGAUGCUGCCUGACCAAAAAACCUGCGCUAUCAUCAAUGGCCAACAACUUGUAGGAACUCAAUGUUAUGUCAAGGAUCGCGUUUUUGCAAGUGCCUUGAUUAAAUCAGAGUGUUGCAGUUGCUUAACCCAAGCAUCUGAAAGGUCAUUUGGUAACUCAUGAGGGUUUGGCCCCAUAAGGAGGCCCACUCUGUAUGCUGGCGUUCCUCCUGCAACACCGUUGUAUUGUCAGGAGUGUUGUCAGUGUACACAACUUGCAUCCUUCAUAUUGAAGGUGACUCAUUUUGUUGCCACACUUUUUCGAUGUGAUGGUGGAAGUGAGGACUGACACCGAUUCUCAAUUCAAGAAUCCAGUACCUUGCACAUAAAAGCAACCAUUUCUGUUUCUUUCUUCUAUUCUUGUUAUUUUGUCUUUCUACAAGUUUCUUUGAAGGCAACUUUUUUUGUUUUUUUUUAAAAUGGAUGUAAAUUGUUUUGGGUAUGUUGUAAUAUACUUGUUUUGGAGUGUGCAUAAAUCCAUUCUGUAAGAUCUUAAGAACAGGAGCCUCUGAAUGUUUGCUUCUAUCAUUGUGCACGUUCAUUGAGAAUGCAGGUAAUUUUAACACGUGUGAUCUGCCAUGCUGGAAAAAUAGGAUUGGCAUAUGACAGCAUUUGAGAUUUGGCUACCACCCACAGUUUUCUACUCUAAAUAUUUCACUCUCCUAUAGCUAUCCUUUGUGAACUUCUCACUUUAAGAAUAAAAGUGUUUGAUAUAA